CUCUCACUUACUUGCUCUUCUAUACCAAACAAACUCUUAAGAGAAGAAGGUGCAAAAGGAAUAGGUGGGACAAGUUGGUAAACGGUGCUGACGGGAGUCAAAGUCAGGAGGAGGUUCAGAACAUUGACUUUUCUGGUAAAGAAUUCAGUGAGUGAGAAAAUGAACAAGGUAUUGGUCACCGGAGCAACCGGUUACCUCGGAGGAAGGCUCUGUCACGCGCUUCUCCGACAAGGUUACUCCGUCAGGAUCCUCGCCAGACGCACCAGCGAUCUCUCCGCCCUUCCACCGCCUUCCGAGAUCUUCUACGGCGACAUCACCGACUUUCCCUCUCUCCUCGCCGCCGUCUCCGGUUGCUCCGUCGUCUUCCACCUCGCCGCGCUCGUCGAGCCCUGGCUCCCUGAUCCCUCUAUAAUCUUCUCCGUCAACGUUGGAGGGUUGAAGAAUGUGUUGGAGGCGGUGAAGCAGAGCAACACAGUGGAGAAACUCGUAUACACGUCGUCGUUUUUUGCUCUUGGACCAACUGAUGGAAGCAUUGCCGAUGAAAAUCAAACCCAUCACGAGAAAUUUUUCUGCACUGAGUAUGAGAAAUCAAAGGUUGCUGCUGACAAGAUUGCAAUGCAAGCUGCGUCAGAGGGUAUGCCUAUAGUGUUGCUUUAUCCUGGUGUAAUCUAUGGGCCUGGCAAGGUCACUGCAGGAAACGUUGUUGCAAGGAUGCUUGUAGAACGAUUUUGUGGUCGAUUACCUGGUUACAUUGGCAGUGGGAAUGAUAAAUUUUCGUUCAGCCAUGUGGAUGAUGUGGUGGAGGGUCACAUUGCAGCAAUGGAGAAAGGAGAGCUUGGGAAUAGGUAUCUGCUGACGGGUGAAAAUGCGUCGUUCAAGGAAAUUUUUGACAUGGCUGCUGUGAUAACUGAUACUAGAAAACCAGUGAUUAACAUCCCUUUGUGGGUUAUUGAAGUUUAUGGCUGGAUAUCUGUUUUGGUUUCUCGAAUCACUGGCAAGUUACCCCUCAUCAGUCCGCCGACCGUGCAUGUUUUAAGACAUCAGUGGGAGUAUUCAUGUGAGAAAGCUAAAAGAGAGCUGGGUUAUAAGCCCAGAAGCCUCAGAGAAGGAUUUGCUGAGGUACUGCUCUGGUUGAAGAAUUUGGGAUCAAUAAGAUACUAGUGGAACAUACCAGGCUGUAACAUAGGGCAUAAAAGUCUUGUAAUUUCACUCAAAAAACUGUAAUAGAACCACAAUGAUAGUUACCUUCUACUAGCUUGUGUUGAACUGUUGAUCGAAUAAAUGGAUGCCCUGUUAUAGGUGCAUUAUGAUUCUA